UGACUUGCAUGCAAACCCCCACUACAAGACCCUCUGUUUAUUUUUCCCAGUCUCUUAAUGGAGGAUAACCCUUGAGUAACCCUCGAACAGAUGUACACAUGAUGUAAGGUGUUGCAGAACAGAGCCAACAUGUCGGAAAGGCCCCGGUCGCUGCCGUCGUGGAUGGCGAAGAAAGAGAAGAAAGUGAAAGAGAAGGAGCCGCUGAAGAGCAGGAGAAAACAGAAAACUGCGAGGGCUGCUUUCUACUGUAUGAACGAGAGAGAGCUGGUAGAAGCUGCUGUGUCAUAUCUCACCAACGCUGCCUGCGAGGACGCGCUUCUCCUCACUGACCGACAGGUUGAAGACAAGGCAGCAGAUUCCACUGUUAAGAUGAAGGAGAACCCUUCUUCCUCAAAGACAAUAGCUAAGCUGGUGACAGAGGCUUUAGAGGAGGAGUCCUCAGACUGUGGUGACACCCUGGAGUCGACGUAUGUUUCAGAAACAGACUUGGACAUUACAGAGGUGGAAACGGUGCCGUACGCCAAGAGCCUGCAGCAUCAGGGAUCCGAGGGUCAGAGGUCAGGGCCAGUUCGGGAUCAUGGCGGUGUCGUGAAUAUUGGACUGGAUUCUGAGGAUAAAGAGGAGCACUCACAGACGCGAACAGAAGCAGUGGAAGAGGAUGAUGCCUUACGGCUUGUGCGAGAAAUUUUCUUCACCUGAUGAUGAAAGCUGUGACAAUGUGUGCAGAGCUGUGUAUCAAGUUUGCACUAAAUGGAAACUAUUCUCUUAGGGUGGAAUACCACCUGUGGAGGAGCUGUGCAUAGUCACAAGCACUAUGUAAUAAAAGUAACUUUUAGAGAAGUGAUGCUUUUAUUGAUUUCACUGCUAUGUAAAAUGUGGCACAGCUCAGCAAUAGUUGACCAAAGUUUUUGCAUCGAAAUGAGGUGUAAAUGCCAGUGUAUACCUUCUUCGUAUACAUAUUUUGCAGAAAGUCAGAUCACUUUUGAUGUUGAGAGCUGAUUCUUUGAUUAUAAAUGUGAAACUGGUAGAAGCUGUCACCUGAGAGUGGUUAGUGGUUAGAAAGAACUGGAAAACACUUGAGUUUCUACUACUGAGCGCUGUACUAUAGCUAUAACAAACAAAAAGAUCAUUUCCUUACAGCAACUCAAGGUUUUCUCUUCAUGAUGCCACUGAUUUAAAGCCUUACGCUGCUACUGAACUAGAAGAUCAGAGAGCAUACUCUUACAUUUGAGUGUGAAUUUAUGUUCAUUAGAUAUUGUAGUUCUUUAGUUUCUCCCAUUUUAAUAAAUGAUGAAAUAGC